AUGGCCGCCGCACAUCUGUCGACUCAGAGACACCCGAGACUGGAGCCAAGCGGGAUGGAUGACGGAACGUACGACGACGAUGACCAGGUGUACGACAAGCAAUGGGCAAGCAAGUAUAUCCUAGGACCACUCUACGAGCCCGAGCCCAGCGAGGAAUCCGCAACUCGCAUCCAAGGUCUUCCCGUCACAUCUCCGCCGUGUGCCAGUCCUACCCGUCCAACUUUUGGUACCCACCGUCGUAGGAGCUCACUCGCGCCUACCGCCGAGCAUUCCGAAGAACUACCUCUUCCCCCGGUAACCGAGUUGGAAAGAAAGAAAUCCUUACACACGGCCAGCCCUCCCACAACCCGCUGGAACCAGGGCACUCUUCUCACCAGGUCCUACAGCGUCGCCUCGUCUCGUCCAACCGUAAACGAGUCAAAUAAGCUCUUGAUAGAGAAAGGCUGGGGCGUUCGACGUGCUGUCUCCCUUGCCGAGCAUCAUCCUAAAGAUCACUCUCACCGAUUUGUGGAAACCCUCACCCAGAAACUCGAAACACUCGCUCAACGAGAAGACCAAGACACAAUGGCUCGUGAAGGCGAAUAUCAAACCGGUCGGCCUCGUCGUGCCAGCUCCUUGAGGGAGCGUUAUCCUGGUGACAUGUCUCACCGGCCACUCGCCAUGCUUGAACGGGACCACCGGGCUGCCAAUCGAGCACCCAACCUGCACAACCCUCGCCAUCAGCAACCGAUCGAUAUCAUCGACACACUAGAUCUCACUGGCCCCGGACGUGGCGUCACCUACCACCAUGACGGCCCAUAUGAUGCCACCAUGGCGUCCCGCAACCGCAACAAGAAGUAUUCGCCCGUCGAAGCCGUCAAGGACACCAACAUGGAGGAUCUCAGGGCCACUCCCCGUGAAUACGUCCAGGACUCAUUGGUCAAGCACGUUCCGCUACAAGGGACCGCCGUCGUUCCCCCCGGAAUGCAAGAUCUUGCUGGACGGACGAUGGACUAUCAAGAAGGCAUCGACUUGAUGCGUGAGGGAGCCACGAGCGGGAAUGCCUACAAGAGAUGGGAGGGUUAUCGAUACCACCCCGAUGACCUCAAAGGCAAAGGCGAGCCCUCCUACACUAUCGAGAAGCAACUCAAAGACCACAAGGCCACCUCUCGCCGUGCCCGUGGCUAUAGCCAUGGGGACUACGCCUCUAAGGAAGGCGUGACCAUGAUUGAGAUGCAACCUCGUUCUACUCACCACCUGGACGUCCCUGGCUCUAGUUCUGGCUUGAUGGGUGACCAGAAAGAAGGCAACACUAGAGUCCGUCAGAGAAGCGUGAGUAAUGCCGCGGCUACGACGGGAUACGGAGGAGGGUAUGAUUAUGAAGGAGGAGGAGGAGGGGAGUCUAGUAGUGGGUUGCGCAGAAGUAAUACCACGGGGAAGAAUAUUGCACAGUCACUGAAGAGGAGGUUGGGGAGUUUUAGGCGGAAGAGGGAGGAGGUUUAA